AUGAUCCCUCGGUGGCUGCUGCUCGUGGUCGGCCUGCUGCUCCUCAGCAUUCAUCCGACCACGGCAAAAGACCAUAAACUGAAGGCCCACUCGACCGACUUCUCCCACCAACCGAACAACCUCUUCUACUUCCAAGGCUCCAACACCAUCCUCUUCCAAGAUGCCAUCGCGCGCAAUGCGUACAUCUCUACCGACGGCGGCAAGGAAUGGUCUGUCCUUGGCACGCGAAAGGGUGACGAUGGUAAAAUGGAAGGAGAGAUACUGCUGCUGAUGCCACAUCCGUUUGAUGAGAAGCGCGCCUAUGCGCUCGCUGAUAAGGGAACUGGUUGGGUUACCACUGAUCGCGGUGAUACUUGGAAGAAAUUCGAGAUUAAGACGACGCCGAAUGUGUCGCGGAAGAAUUCGCCUUUUCGGUUUCAUGGUCAUGAUCCCAAGAAGGUUAUCUUUAUGGGUCGCGAGUGCUCGAUUACCAUGUGUUUCCCCGUGGCAUAUUACACCAAGGAUGACUUUAAGACGGUGAAGAAGCUCUCCGAGGAGGACGCGACUUUCGACUGCAGCUGGGCUGUCGGGACACCUGAGUUUGGCCAGGAUCUGGAGCUGAAGGCGUCCAUAGCUGAUCGCAUCAUGUGUGUGGUGACUGGAGCUAUGGACGGACGACUGGAUGCUUUCCUGCACCGUCGUCUGGUCUACUCCGAUGACUUCUUCGAGGAUGGUGGCCAUGAGAUCAAUCUGGAUCGUGGUCGUCCGGUUCCUGGAAUGGAAAUCCGCAUGGUCUCCGUGAAGAAGUACAUCGUCGUGGCGUUGCAGUCGCGCGGUACCAUGGAGCAGACGCUGUAUAUCAGUGACGAUUCGAGCGAGUGGCAUCGUGCGGAAUUUGGUGAUCACCGGCUCGAACAGGAUGGAUACACCAUUCUGGAGAGCACCAAUUACAGCAUCCAGGUCGAUGUGCAAACGACCCUGAGUGAAAACCCCGUCGGCGUUCUCUUCACUUCCAAUUCGAAUGGAACAUACUUCACUCCCAACAUCAGACAUACCAACCGAAAUUUGUUUGGGAAUGUCGACUUUGAGAAGUUGGCAGACAUCCAGGGCAUCGUGAUUGUCAACACCGUUGACAAUUGGGAAGCAGUGGAGGAUGGCGCCAGUGAGAAGAAGAAACUCGUCACUCAGAUCAGUUUUGAUGAUGGGAGAAAUUUCACAAAUCUCAAAGUUGACAACGAGAAUCUGCACAUCCAUUCUCUCACUUCCUAUGUCGAGCUGCACGAAUUGGCCGCCCUCGGCCGGAUGUUCUCGAGCCCGGCGCCCGGACUGGUCAUGGGCGUGGGUAAUACUGGUGAAUAUCUAGAGAAAUAUUCCAAGGGCAAUCUCUAUAUCUCCGAUGAUGCAGGUUUGACCUGGCGAUUGGCACUGGAAGGCCCCCACCGAUUCGAAUUUGGCGACCAUGGCGGUGUCAUUGUCGCCAUCAAGGACGACGACGCUACCAAAAAAGUCAUGUAUUCCAUCAACCACGGCAAGGAGUGGGAGAAGCUCGAGCUGGAUACCAAGAUCAAGCCUCUGUUUAUCACGACCACUCCGGACUCCACUAGCCUCAAGUUCAUCCUGGUCGGAAUCUCCAAUGAAGACAACAACCCGAAGUACACCAUCUAUCAACUUGAUUUCGAUGACCUUCACGAACGCAAGUGCGACAAGAAUGACUUCGAGGAGUGGGCUGCCCGUCUUGAUGAGAACGGAAAACCAGACUGUCUGAUGGGCCACAAACAAAUUUUCCACCGUCGCAAAUCCGACGCCGAGUGUUUCGUCAAGAAUGAGUUCAAGAUUGACCAUCCCAAGUCGGAGAAGUGCAAGUGCUCCGCCGAGGACUUUGAAUGUGACUACAACUUCAAGCGCAGUGAAGAUGGGAAGAAGUGUGUACCGGCCGUGGCUUUGUCACCUCCUGCCGGUCAGUGCAAGGACCCUAGCGACACGUUCAAGGGUCCUUCAGGCUGGCGAUUGAUCCCCGGAAACACAUGUACACGGGAAGGUGGUAAGAACCUCGACGAAGACGUCGAACAAUCGUGUGGAAACGCCACCAGUCCGCCCGCAGCUGAUGGGAAAAUCCGCGUGGGCGAAACACACUACUUCAACUCGAAAAAACCGGCCUAUUACUACCUCGAGCGUCAGACCAGCAGCAAUGGAGAUGACGAGACGAUCUUCCAAUUGACCGGCGACAAGGAACUUUGGGUUACGCACGACCACGGCAAGACCUGGGCACAGCCGACGCAGUUGAAGGGCGAGAACAUCGUCGAUGUCAUCCCGAAUAGGUUUUACACCGAUGCAGCAUUCUUCCUAACCGAGAGUCAAACUGCCUGGUUUACGGUCAAUCGUGGAGCCAAAUUCCACAAGAUCAAGGUCCCCACCAAGUACAUCGACCGGAACAUUCCUCCCCUGGUAUUCCAUGAAAAGUACAUGGAGUGGGUGCUCUGGAUCGGCUCCAAUGAGGACUGUGACAGCAGCAGCAGCAGCAGCAGCUGUGAACUGGAUGCUUGGUACAGCACCAACUCAGGUCAGACGUGGAGCGACAGCCCCAUGCUGCGUGGUGUUGGGCAGUGCGUCUUUGGCUACCAGCCAGGUCUGGAGAAUACCGAGAACCUCAUUCUGUGCGAACAAUACCAAUCUGAGCUCAGCACGAAGGACCGUCAGCUUGUUUCUGGAAAUAGCACCGGCACUCAAUGGUUCUCGAAAAAGGAUGUGAAAUUCGAGAACAUCGCCCACUUCGUCACGAUGGACGGCUUCUUCGUUGUUGCCACUUAUCCAACCGAGAAGCACGAGUUCCUCAACGUCAGCACCAGUCUUGACGGCUCGAUCUUCGCACAGGCUCACUUCCCGCAUAACCUCGCCUAUACCGAUGUCAAGCAAUACACCGCUGUCCCGGGUUCUGGACAUGCGCUCUUUAUGAAUGUUGAAGCGAAUACCGACGAAGAUCGCAAGUUCGGCUCUCUUGUGAAGAGUAACAGCAACGGAACCUAUUUUGUCUCUAGUCUCGAGGGACUGAGCCAGAGCAACUAUGGAUACAUUGAUUACGAGCGAAUUGCCCAUCUGGAAGGUGUUGCUAUUGCCAACAUUGUUGUGAACAAGGACGAAGUGAAGACCAAGUCUGCUUCGAAGAAACUUCGAACUGUUAUCACCCACAAUGACGGUGGUCAAUGGGCCUUGCUCCCGCCCCCGAACAAGGAUGUUGACGGUAAGCAAUUCGAUUGCUCAGUGCAGGAAGGCAAGGGAACGGAUUCUUGCGCGCUACACCUCCACGGCUACACUGAGCGUCUCGACUGGCGCGACACUUUCUACUCUGGCUCUGCCAUUGGUCUUCUCCUUGGAGUCGGCAAUGUCGGCGAGUAUCUCUCUGAGCCCUCCACCGCCGAUACAUUCCUCAGUAACGACGGCGGAAUCACCUGGAAGAACGUCAAGAAGGGUCGAUACAUGUGGGAAUUCGGAGACGCAGGCUCUGUCAUCGUGCUUGUCCGCGAACUCGAACCUACAAAGGUCAUCUACUACAGUCUGGACAGCGGCAGUACCUGGGUCGAGUACCAAUUCUCUGAUACCGAGAUGACCAUUGGGGAUAUCUCAACGGUGCCUUCCGACACGUCGAAGAACUUCUUGCUCUGGGCCAAGGAUAUGAAAUCCUCGUCCUCAAAACUGGCAACUAUCAAUCUGGAUUUCAGCGCUAUCUAUAGUCGCGAGUGCGCGGCCAUCGACUCCGACGAUGCGGAUAAGGAUUACACACUUUGGACACCGAAACACCCUCUCCAAGAUGACAACUGUCUCUUCGGUCACGUCGAGCAGUACCAUCGCAAGAAGGUGGAUGCCGAGUGUUGGGUUAACUGGCGCGAACCGCAUUCGCAUAUCAUUGCCAACAAUUGCACCUGCACACGAGCAGACUUUGAAUGCGAUUACAACUACGAAAUCCAAUCCGACGGAAGCUGCGCUCUCGUCCCCGGCCUCGCAAAGCCUGACCACAGUCUCGCCUGCAAGCAAGACCCUUCCUUGAUCGAGUACUACGAGCCAACUGGCUACAGAAGACUACCGCAGACAACCUGCCAAGGAGGUGACCGCUACAACAUGGACAAGGGAACCAUGCGUCCCUGCCCGAACAAGGAAGACGAGUUCGAUCGCAAGCACGGUAUCUCCGGCGCAGCUCUCUUCUUCGCUAUCAUCAUCCCCAUCCUCGCUGCCGCCGCCUUCGGCUACUUCGUAUACACCCGCUGGGACGGGAAAUUCGGGCAAAUUCGUCUGGGUGAGAACUAUGGCUCGGGCUCAAGAUCGGGUCAAGGAUGGCUUAGUCGGGAUGCGCUGAUUACCGUGCCGAUUGCGAUCAUUGCAGGCACCGUUGCGCUAGCCAAGGCUUUGCCCUUGGUUACGGGUAGUCUGUGGCGGAGUGUGAGCGGUCUGUUCCGUGGUCGUGGCGGAUACGGAUACCAGAGAACGUAUUCCACGCGGGACUCGUUCGCUCGACGCGGCGACUAUCACGUCGUGGAUGAUGAAGACGAGCUGCUGGGCCCGGAUGAGUUUGAAGAGGAAGAGGAGGCUUAG